AUGAGUUGCUGGUCGAAUGAGGAGAGUCUUUCGUUUCUGGAACAUUACCAAAUGGAACCAUGCAUCUGGAAUCCGAAAGAUGCAAAUCAUAAAGAUAAGAAGAAACAAGCAGAUGCAUGGAUUCGUCUUGCUGAACUUACUGGAAGGCCAGUAAAGGAAAUAAAAAAUAAAAAAGAGAUAUUGAUGACUACUUUUCGCAAGCACUUGAAAAAAAAACGCGAAUCUAUGCGUUCUGGCGCAGGUGCCGAAGAAAUAUACAAUCCAACUUGGUAUGCUUACGAAACCAUGGAGUCAUUUUUACUACCAGUAUAUACUUGCAAUGAAGGGAUAAACACCGAAACAACAGAGGAUGACCCUCUGAUAAGAGUUAGUACACCAUCCAGACCACCAUCUAGAUCACCAUCCAGACCACCAUCCAUACAAGCUGUUACUAAUAAACGUCGUCGCCCAGCUUCUGAAACGGCUGAAAAGCAAAUGGCCGUGGCUUUUGGACAAUUAACAAAUGUUUUGGGUCAAAGGCAGAAUGAAAAUAUACCUGCUCACAAAGACGAUGAUUGCGAUCUAUACGCAAAAUUAUUGGCUAUAAAGCUACGUGAACUGUCAACUGAUGAACGAAAAAUUAUGAUGUACCAAAUAGAUGGGUUGUUUAUAAACAGAAUCAGUCAAAAAUCAAAUGAGCGUCAUACACCAUACCCUCAAUAUUAUUCUCGACCGUCGUCAAUGGCUGGUGCAUAUUCAACACCAUCUCCUCAAGUCAUUCCGAGUCGGCCAACAUCAGUUAAUAGUGUUUAUUCUGAACCUAUUCAUAACAACCAAAGUUUUUUUCCCUCUCCAAACACACAAACCUCUUAUUCAGCGCCAGACAUGACAAAACAUAUACCAACUCCAAUAGCUCCAGCUCCAUCUACAUCAACAGCACCCUCGUCAUCUAUUCGUAUCAUAUCGGACCAAAUCAUCAACCCUACCCCACGUGAAACCAACAUUAUAAACAUGGCUAUGUUGAAUGCUUUCGAAGAUUUUGAUUCGUCGACAUAA